CUCGCCAUGCACGAAAAUGUUCUAAAGUGCCCUACACCAGGUUGCACCGGGAGAGGCCAUGUAAACAGUAACAGGAACUCUCACAGAAGUCUUUCGGGAUGUCCUAUAGCUGCAGCAGAGAAAUUAGCAAAAGCUCAAGAGAAACAUCAAAGCUGCGAUGCAUCAAAAUCCAGCCAAGCAUCAGAUCGUGUUUUAAGGUGGGGGAUAGAUAUGCCCAUGUGUUUUGUAAAACAAUUAGAAAUUCCUCAGUAUGGUUACAGGAACAAUGUAUCAACGACCACACCUCGCUCCAACCUAGCAAAGGAACUAGAGAAAUAUUCAAAGACUACGUUUGAAUACAACAGUUAUGACAACCAUGCAUACGGGAAGAGGGCUAUUGCGCCGAAGGUACAGUCCAGGGAUAUCUCUCCAAAGGGAUAUGAUGCUAAACGUUACUGUAAGAACUCAAGCCCGACAAGCAGCACAACGAGCAGUUAUGCCCCCAGCAGCAGCAGUAGCAAUAUGAGCUGUGGUGGAGGCAGUAGCGCCAGCAGUACGUGUAGCAAAAGCAGCUUUGAUUAUUCCCAUGACAUGGAGGCUGCACACAUGGCUGCAACCGCAAUCCUGAAUCUAUCGACCCGCUGCAGGGAGAUGCCACAGAACCUCUCUACCAAACCUCAAGAUCUCUGCAACAGG